UAAUAGUAUUUGGUUAAGUUGAUAGAAAUGAACAGCGAUCAAGAAACUAGUGGCUUUUUGCCACCCACCAAGACCGGUUUCACCGAUGAACUCCGCCGCCAACCAUCUUCAUCCACCACAAACCUUACCGGAAACACCCCUCAUCAUCUCCCUGGCUUCACCAAACUAAGCAUCCCACCCACUGACACAACCACUCUAGACCCACACCUCGCCGCCGCUAAUGGCCGUGCAAUUUUCACCAUUCCGGCAACUUCUUUCCGUGAUGCAGUAGCGGCCACUCCUGCCGUCGAUACCCACAACGCAAUCAGCCCAACUGUAUCAGACAUCGUUACAUCUCCCGAUCAAGAACAUACAACAACCACCACCACCACCACCUCAACGCCUCAGAAGGCCCGUGAGCCACCAAGAAGAAACCCACUUCGCCGGACAUUGUCUGACACCAUUUCAACUGUUCGGAAACCCAUCACACCGGCGCCAGCGUCUUCAAAUCGAAGUGAGAGUCCCCAAUUCAAGAGACUGAAGAAAACGGAAGAAAUGGUGACCGAUAUCGCAAACAGGUGUUGGGAAGUUAGAGGUAAAAUUGGAGUAUCAGAAGAAGACGUUGAAGAUGGCAAUCCUUCUGAAGCAAUCGUGGAGCAAGAGGAAGAGGAAGUGAGAGGGGAGUUUGUGAGAAUCAGACGACUUGAUGAUGGGAAUUUAAACAUCAAAUUGAGUUGUUCGUGUGGUAAUUGCUUUGAAUUUUUGCGUAAUCGCAUUGGGUGUUUUUACAGAUUGACAAUUUGACAUAGAAAUUAGGUCAUGGAUGCAUGUUCUUCAAUGUAAGCCACACAUUUGUGCAUCCAUCUCUAUGAACAUGCAGUUUUUUCUAACUAUUGAAUUCAUUUUGGAUCAACUCAUUUUUGUUUUACAUUUGAGCAGUUAAUUGAUGUAUUUUAGCUUUCAAGAAAUACUUGGACUUACAGGUGAAAAUCAUAAAGAUUUAUCAAUUCAAUCUAAAUUAUUUUGUUUACAAGCAACAUCACAAUUAGGUAAUCAUGCAAACAAAUGUUAUAAAAACAAUAAUAUCAUAUAAAACUUCUAUUAUCCAUCAUCACUAAGACAUUAUUUGGUGCAUUAUAUCGAUUAGAUAUGCUGAAAGAGAAAAUCCAAAGUCAAAAUCAUUAAAAUAGAUUUAGAUAAACAUUCAACAGCUACAUAAUACACCCUUAUUUGCAAGGCGUGCUUAAAAAAUCAAAAUCCAACCAAUAACGAAAAAAAAGGGGGAAAAAAGUUGGCUUGAAUUUUGGCUUUUUAGAAAAAAAAAAUGGAAAGACAAAAAAAAAUGAAAUUUUU